CAUGCGCGCAUAUUUGUUUUCGCUAGUACGUAACUGAUUUAAUAACGAUUGUUUCUUGAAAUUGAGCUUGUAUUUAGUUUCGCAAGCUAGGGACGAAGCUCCACAUCAAAUUUGAGCAGUUGGGAUUGAGUUUUUGGGCUGAUUCGAAACUGGUCAUUGAGCUCGACUACUGUUCAUCGCCCGCAAUUUCAAACUCCUCCCACGGGAUUUCCGGCAAUUUGAGGCAUUGGCAGCCAAAACAAAAUAAGGAUCAGAGGUCACCUUGAAUAGGCGCACAUCCUCAUAUAAUUUUAUUUUCUGAGCACCUUCCAUUUGGGCGACUACUGUUCAUCUGUGUGACUUAAUGCGUGCUAUGUUAAAGAAGAAAAAUAAAGGUGGUGUCCAUACUCCUAAAAUUGUCAGGGCAUCCAAACAAGCAUCAGAAAGCAAAAAAAAAAAAAAAAAAAAAAAAAAAAAAAAAAAAAAAAACAAGCAUGAGAAAAAAACAAGCAUCAGAAGAAGGUAUUGAGGAUGCUUUGGAGAACUGAGGUAGCAGCCCAAACAAAUAAAGAAGUUGGCAAUAAAAUACCAAAUUAUCCAAAGUUGUGCCACAUAUAUCAAAAGUGAAGUCUAUGCUCAAACAUUGCAAUCCUUCAAUCCUUCGAGGCCUGGUGGUGGAGGUCCUCGAAGGACCGGCGGAGGAGGUCGCCGGAGUAAUAGAGACAACAGUUACCAAAGGUCCAACUUUACCAAAUGUUGAUGUGGUUGAGAAGUGUUUUGGACCUCAAAGACGUAGUCAUGUAAUUUGUCAUGGAGGUGGGGUGACUCGGAAGUAUUUGAAGGGACCAUCUUGUAAAAAGGCUGAACAUGAAGCCAAAUUGAAUGUCAAAGAUGAAGAAAAUAGCUACUUGAAGAAUCGUCUAAAUACAUUAGAGGAUGAAUUCCAAAAGAUCAAGGAGAAGCUGCAAAGUCAAGAAAAAAAGCUAGACAUUAACACUUGACAAUAUAUCUCUAGUUUUAUUUUAUGUUUAGAAACUUCAUACCUAACGUAUCAUCUACCUCUUAUUUUAUUUGUUUUUGAGAUACUUUGAUGUGCUGAAAAAAUAUGCUAAGAUUUAGUUUUUGUUUGUUUUUGAAACACGUUAAUCUUGCUACAUUUGAAUAUUUAAUCAUUAGUUUUCAAGUUGCUUUAGCUUUGUA